GAACAGAAGCAGACAUCAAGCUUCAAGGAGUCUCUCCACAGCAGUUCUCUCCAGAAGCUCCCGAGUCUCCACAUCGCCCCUGAAGAUGAUCUCCUCCACCAGCCUCCUGCUGCUGCUCCUGCUCGGCUUCUCUCGGGCUCUUCCUCUCCAGGAGGAAGGAGACCAGGAAGAGGAGAAAGAGGAAGGAGCAGACACUGUGGACAUGACCACCAGGAUUCUCACCGCCAACAACGCCUCAGACGAGAUGCUGCUGGAAGGAGACAUAAUGCUUCCCAAAUCCAGAAAUGCCAUGAAGUGCUGGUACAACAGCUGCGUGUGGCCAAAAGCCUCCAAUGGCAAAGUGGUGAUUCCUUACGUAAUCGGCCGGGAGUUCAGCGGCUAUGAGAGGCGGAUCAUCGAGGGCGGCAUGAGGGCCUUCUCCGGCCCGACCUGCAUCCGCUUCACGCCCCGCACCAACGAGCGCGACUUCAUCAGCGUUGUGAGCAAACAGGGAUGCUGGUCGGAACUGGGCAAAACGGGAGGCAUGCAGGAGCUGUCCCUCAACAAGCAGGGCUGCAUCUACAGCGGAAUCGUCCAGCACGAGCUCAACCACGCUCUGGGCUUCCAGCACGAGCAGACCCGGAGCGACCGCGACAACUACGUCAGGAUCAACUGGGGCAACAUCAUCCAGCAGAGCGCCUACAACUUCCAGAAGCACGACACCAACAACCUGAACACCCCCUACGACUACUCCUCCAUCAUGCAUUACGGCAGAGACGCCUUCGCCAUCGCCUAUGGAAGGGAGACCAUCACCCCCUUCCCCAAUCCCAACGUCCCUAUCGGCCAGAGGCAGGGACUGUCCCGCUGGGACGUCCAAAGGAUCAACAUGCUCCACGGGUGCUAAUAACUCUACUUCUCUUAGAAGCAAGUCUUCUAAUCAGCUUCAUGUGAGCACGUAAACAUUGGAAUCCAAAAUAAUUAAUUUUACAAUUAAUUAUAUUGAAAUUUUAAAUCCAAAUAAACUAAGAGCAAGGAUUAA